UGAAAUGUAGAGCUGGCAUCUACUUUCCCACCGUUUGUUGGACGCUUCUACAUAUAUAUAUAUUUAUAUAUAUAUAUAUAUAUAUAUAUAUACACACACAAAUAGUGGGCCUUCAUGAAGAGCCCCAAGUUAUUAACAUUAUUAUUAUGUCGGAGGGAGCAGUCGCAGCCCGGUGCUUGCUAUACACAGUUCGUCUAUUUAUUGCAGUCUGAAGCAGGAAUUCAGAUAGAAGACUUCCAAGUAGAUAGAUAGAUUAGCUUAUCUAAUCAAUUGGGUAUUUUUUAAAUUAUUAUUAACACGCAGGUUUUGUUUUUGUCGUUUUCACCCGUUCGCAUUUUAUAAGCUUUUUUUUUUCUCCCCCCGUUUUUGCGGAGAAAGAUUGUCAGGUUAAGCCACACGAAAGCAAUGUAUAAUACAGUUUGGACCACGGAGAAAGCCGGUGAGGAAGGGGACUGGAGGGACGUGAUGAUGCCCUACUCCACAGAGCUCAUAUUUUAUCUGGAAAUGGACCAACCGCCAGCUCUUCCUCCAAAACCGGCAAAGCCCCAGCAGCCCUCCUCAGUCGGGGUGGGAGGGGGCAGCAACAAUGGCGCCAAGGACGGAGGAGCAGGGGGCUCACUGCAAGAGGCAGAGUGGUACUGGGGAGACAUAUCCAGGGAGGAGGUGAAUGACAAGCUCAGAGACAUGCCUGAUGGGACCUUCCUGGUUCGGGAUGCUUCCACCAAGAUGCAGGGUGACUACACGCUCACACUAAGGAAAGGGGGCAACAACAAGCUGAUAAAGAUCUACCACCGGGACGGGAAGUACGGUUUCUCCGACCCCCUGACGUUCGGCUCGGUGGUGGAGCUCAUCAGCCACUACAGACACGAGUCUCUGGCUCAGUACAACACCAAGCUCGACGUCAAGCUCAUGUACCCCAUCUCCCGCUUCCAGCAGGACCAGCUGGUGAAAGAGGAUAACAUUGAUGCUGUCGGGAAGAAGCUCCAGGAAUACCACAAUCAGUACCAGGAGAAGAGCAAAGAGUACGACAGACUGUACGAAGAAUACACCAAGACGUCGCAGGAGAUCCAGAUGAAGCGUACGGCCAUCGAAGCCUUCAACGAGACCAUCAAGAUCUUCGAGGAGCAGUGCCACACGCAGGAGCGCUACAGCAAGGACUACAUCGAGCGCUUCCGCCGCGAGGGCAAUGACAAGGAGAUCGAGCGGAUCAUGAUGAACUACGAGAAGCUCAAGUCUCGACUCGGAGAGAUCCACGACAGCAAGGUGCGGCUGGAGCAGGACCUGAAGACGCAAGCCAUGGACAACCGCGAGACGGACAAAAAGAUGAACAGCCUGAAGCCCGACCUCAUACAGCUUCGCAAGAUCAGGGACCAGUAUCUAGUGUGGCUCAAUCACAAAGGAGUUCGUCAGAAACGGAUCAAUGACUGGCUGGGAAUCAAGAAUGAGAACACUGAUGAAGGCUACUUUGUGAGCGAGGAGGAUGAGAACUUGCCUCACUACGAUGAGAAGAGCUGGUUCGUCGGGGACCUGAACCGGACGCAGGCAGAGGAGCUACUCCUUGGGAAGCCGGAUGGAGCGUUUCUCAUCCGAGAAAGCAGCAAAAAGGGCUGCUAUGCCUGCUCUGUAGUUGUUGAAGGCGAGGUGAAGCACUGUGUCAUCUACAGCACACCGCGUGGCUUCGGCUUCGCUGAGCCCUACAACCUGUACAGCAGCCUGAAGGACCUGGUGCUCCACUACCACCAGACCUCCCUGGUGCAGCACAACGACUCGCUCAAUGUCCGCCUCGCAUACCCCGUCUACGCACAGAUGCCCUCCGGACGCAGAUGAACCCCACCUGCCUGGCCUCACCCCCACAUAGACAACAAACCAACCCCCUCUUGGGGAAGGGAGAACGGGGGGGAGAGUGAAGGAAGGAGGGGGGGGAAACGGUUGAAAUACAAAGCAACCCCAACACCAGACCCGUUAACGAUAGAUAAAAACGAAUUAAACACUUGCUGCAACACACACAUCAGCCACCUUGGAGUUAUAUAUUUUUACAAGAACAAUUUCGGAGGGCAUUCUUUCUAAAGACUGCUUGAUUUGCACAAGGAAGUUUUAAAUGUUUGUGAAUGUGAAAAAAAAUAAGCGACAGAAGGAAGGAAGGAAACGGAGUAGGCAACUUCAGAGUUUCAGGUUGACCCCGCUGCUACCUAAACUCCAGCUCAGACUUUUUACCAGAAACUCAAAAACCAUGCGAAUGACGACGAAGACGACAACAAAACAUUCCCAUUUUAAACCUUUUGUUUGUUCCUGUAAUUUUUUUUUUUUUUUCUUUUUUUCACCUCAGACUAUACUACAGCUUUUAUUUUGUUUGUUUCUGGAGUCGUUUUCAUGUUUCAGAUGUUUCCUUUUGCUUUUCUCCUAACUUUGUUUGUGGUAAAUGCAAGAGGAGAUGAUGAUGAUGUCACAUGUCUUUCUCUGUCCCUCUCCGUAUGAAAAGCAAAAAUAAUGUAGCAUAACAAGACAACGGACACUUAUUUUGUUAAGUGUUCCUCUAUUUAGACUGCUGCUGAGGGGUUUAGGGGGUGGGUGAGGGAGUCGAAAGGGGAAGGGGGAGCACAAGCAACACAAAACAGUUUUGUAGUCUUAAGAAGGACAAAUGCUUGCUUUUAUGCUAACUGUAGAGGGUUGUUUUGUUUUUGUUUUUUUUUUUUGUUUUUUUUUGUUGCCAAUGUUUAAAUGGCAACGUCACAGAUUAGAACCAGAGACCAAAGUUGGUGUGGAGAGGGAAGGGGAAGGGCAAAGAGUCCACCUGUGUGUGUGUGUGUGUGUGUGUGUGUGUGUGUGUGUGUGUGUGUGUGUGUGUGCGUGCGUGCGUGUUUUAGUUUUUUCUUUAUUUUUGUGAAUGGAGAAAGGAGUGAAGAAAAGCAAACGAAUGGUGUGUUUGAGACCACACAUAAAACCGAGUUUUGGGCCAUGUGCUUGUGCACCAAAUAGCCUUUUUGGAAAACCAAAUGGUAUGUAAACAGAAAUGCCAGGACCUUCUGUAAAUACAGAUGGUUGAGUAAGAAGCACUUAAAUGAGUCCCAUUUGUGACCUCAGCUCCCUGUACGUUACCCUGGGAUUUACUCACUGGACAAAAGAAUAAUCAGCAGCGAAAAUGAGAGCUCAGUCAAAAACGGCAAAUAUAUUUAGUUAAGUGUAGUUCGGUCAAAACAAUUGCAAGCAAUUUGACAACACGUCUGCUCGGAAUAAUUAAAAUGUUUGCACGGGGUGAAACCAACGUUGAAAUCCAUUCAUUUCCAUAGACUAUACUGCUUCACCCUGCUAAGCCUUGCUAGACGUGUAUUUUGAAUGUUUGCAUAGGGAAUGCUAUUAGUCGGAAUCACAGAGUAACGUGCCAAGUGCUGAGGUCACAAGCGGGUACACGUUAACCCGACAGGAAAAGGUUACAAAUGGUCAGUUUCACCAAAAUCCUCCUCUGAAUGGAAAGCAUGAAGGAAAAGAAAAAGUCUGACCAGAAAACCUGAAACCCAUUUUAUGUGUGGUUUAAAAGAAAAGAGAGAGAGAGAGCGAUACAUGCAACUAUACACCCAACUGUGGGUCGAAAACUGGGACUGUUUUUGUUUUUUGUUUUUGUUUCAAAACCUUCAGAAAUGUUGAGCUUCGACAAAUAUUUUAGCUGUAACCCAGACAUCAAGUAGACAGAGGCGACGUCCCGAGCUGAAGAUACAGGCUUUAGAAGAAAAUACUGAAAACUUGAAAGAACGUGCAAUCUAGCAUUGUGUUAAUGUAGUUCAGCAGUCGAACAGAGUGAGAUGCACUAAGGUCCGAGAGAUAAUCAAAGUGCACAGUGAAGCUUUUGGAGUGAAAUUCGGUUUUGUUUGUUUGUCUGAUUGCUGAGGUUCCUUUUUUUUAUUUUAAUGUUUUGUUUCGUUUUUUAAACUCAGAACUUCUUGCCCGGUGCUUGACUUUAUAACCAGUGGAAGCAUUUUCUGUCAAAGACUAAAAAGCAUCACACAAUAAAAAUGAUCUUCAAAAACUGAAGAGAAAAACAUAACCAAGUUGGUUUUCUAUUCUUCCUAGAAAUUCUGUUACUGAUUGGCUUGUUCCUUAGGGGAGACAUUUCUGAGACAAUGCACGGGGGCCAGCUUUGUGCCUCCAGACAGUCGUCCCAAGCAAGGAAGGGGGAAUGAUUAUGUGAUCCUGGUUUAUGGCAAAGGCAGCUGUUCUCAAUUCACUCCACCCCCUUCUCUAAAACUAAGAUACACACCGGCUCGGCACU